UGUGUGUGUGUGUGUUUGAACGUGUGGCCCCUCCUCCGCCCCUUCGCUGCUUUUCGCCGCUGAGCCCAGAGCGCAGCAGCUCGGAGAGCGCAGCAGCCUGUGCACCGCUUUGACUUCGCGAGCGCGGAACUUGCGAAGGGGUUCUCAGUUUCAGCGGAGGGACUACUUUGUCUCUUCUUAUCUCCGUGUAGAUGACACAGGAGUGGAGGUUUUGGAGCUGCCGAUGAGCGCGUUUGAGGUGAAGAGAGGAUCUUCCUGCUGGUGAAGAGAGGGGGGAACUAGUCUGUGGCAGCCAGGCGGAUAACAAAAUGAAAUUCCUGAUCUGUGUGCUGACUGUCUCCUGCGUGCUGAGAUCUACGCACGGAGGUGGAAAGUCUGAUGAACCGUGCGCAGGCCUGGACUGCAGCAGAGGGUGCAAGUGCUUCCCAGAGAAAGGCAGCAGGGGUCGUCCUGGGCAGAUGGGUGAGAUCGGACGACCCGGACCAGAUGGGCCGCGCGGGGGCUUAGGGCCUAGAGGGCCUAAAGGAGAGAAGGGCCAUAUUGGACUUAAAGGACCAUCUGGGGACAAAGGAGACAAAGGACCAAUGGGAGUGCCCGGAUUUCGAGGAACUGAUGGAGUGCCUGGUCACCCGGGUCAGCAGGGCAGCAGGGGCCCACCAGGGAAGGACGGCUGUAACGGAACCACGGGGGACCCGGGUCUGCCCGGCUACGGCACGGGCGCGCCGGGAUUUCCUGGGUUUCAAGGGCCAACGGGGCCAAAAGGUCAGAAAGGAGACCCCACCUACAGCUCAGACAACACGGAGGGGGAACCAGGUGAACUAGGACCCAGGGGCCCAUCUGGUCCCAGAGGUCCGACCGGCCCGCCGGGUUCCCAAGGUCCAAGAGGAAUUGACGGAUUCCCCGGAUUCGCCGGCCCUCCGGGGCCCCAAGGGCUAGAGGGCAGCCGCGGCGACAUUUAUCGAGGAGGGAAAGGAGACAAGGGCGACGUGGGCUUGCCCGGCGAGCCUGGCCAGCCGUUGAUCAAUGUCAUUGUGGAGUUUGUGGGUUUUCCCAAAGGAGACAAAGGACUGCAGGGUGAUCCCGGCCCAAAGGGAAUAAAAGGAUACCCUGGAUUACCUGGACCACGUGGACCUUUUGGUUAUAGAGGUGAAGACGGGGAACAGGGCAUUCUCGGAUACCCAGGACCAAGAGGUCCUACGGGUUUUAUCGGACCGCCUGGCCCUUCUGGACUGCAAGGAAUGCCGGGGCAACAAGGUUUCCCGGGACAACCAGGAUUCCUGGGACCCAAGGGAGACCAAGGUGACACCGGACUCCCAGGACCUCCAAGUUACUCCAAUGAUAUUGGAUCUUUUGUUCAAGGACCCUCAGGUGACCCAGGUUUUCCUGGCCGUCCGGGUGUCACCGGUGAUCAGGGACCUUCAGGAAUCACCGGGCCUCCAGGACCGCCAGGCUCUUUCCGCAUUGGUCGUCCAGGACCUCCGGGUUUUCCUGGUGGCACCGGGCCAAAAGGAGACAAGGGUAACCCGGGCGAACCAAUUUACAGCUUUGAGGGUUCCCAAGGUCCCCCUGGACCUGAUGGUCCUCCUGGUCGUCCUGGUCCUCCUGGUCUCCCGGGUCCUCCAGGUCCUCAAGACAACUCAGGCCGGCCCAGGGACCCCUGUGAUAGGUAUCCUCCUGACAGGCCCACAGAUACCACCGAAAGAGGCCGCCCUGGACUCCCAGGGCCGCCUGGCCAAACGGGAUAUCCAGGAAACUCAGGAGUUAAAGGCUUUAGAGGUGACCUCGGUGACUGUAACUGUGGAGGAGGAGGAGGAAGAGGAAGAGUAGGUCUGCCUGGGUUACCUGGACCUCAAGGACCCAGAGGCAACUUUGGCUUGCAAGGGCCUAAAGGUGAGCCCGGUAACCGGGGUUCUCCUGGUUUCAACGGCGGUCCAGGGGCGCCUGGUCGUGUGGGUGAGAGGGGAUUAAUUGGGCGUAAAGGACAGAAGGGGGAAUCCCCCUUCUUCCCCAGUUUCGGGGUGAAGGGAGACCGAGGGGCAUCUGGACCCAGAGGACCUACAGGUGAAACAGGAAACCCCGGCAGAGACGGUCUGUCUGGCUUCCCUGGACCCCCAGGACCCCCGGGUGUUGGUGGUGUUGGCACAAUCGGUGAGAAGGGUUUCCCAGGAUUUUCUGGAGCCAAAGGUCGCUAUGGUGCCCCUGGCGAUCCUGGAUUCGGCUACCCCGGCAUACCGGGCUCUCGAGGUGAAAAAGGAGAGCCUGGGUUCCCUGGGUUUCCUGGACAGCCAGGUUCACCAGGCCUGAAAGGUGACAACCGCUGUGGAGGGGUUAUUGACGCCGGAGAGGGAACGGGCGAUAGUCAACCUUGCGUCACAUAUGGUGAACCUGGAGAAAAAGGUUAUCCUGGCAGUUCUGGACGACCAGGCCCCCAAGGUCCGCCCGGCUUCCCGGGAUCCUUUGGAAGGCGAGGGUCUGUUGGCCCCAAGGGAGAGAAGGGAGAUCCUGGUUUUGGAGGCCAACCAGGACCACAAGGUUUCCCUGGACCCAGAGGAGAUCCCGGAGUUCCAGGUACUCCGGGAGUUGACUACGAUGGGCCCAAGGGGAAAGACGGCCUUCCAGGACUUCCUGGACCCAAAGGCCAGCCUGGAGAAGUCCUGGGAGCAAGACCUGGAGAUCCAGGAGUGGCUGGCAUACCUGGUGCAAACGGAGACAAGGGCCAGCCAGGGAGUCCAGGAACACCCGGAUCACCCGGCUUCGAUGGACGGCCUGGUGUUUCCGGUCUGAAGGGAGAGCGUGGAGUGGAUGGCCGGCCGGGUAUUCCGGGUCUUCCCGGACUUCCAGGUGGCUCAACCAAUCCCCUCCCCGGUCCACCCGGAUUUCCCGGCAGCAAAGGACUCAUCGGACCACUAGGCUGCCCAGGUAAUCCCGGUCGAAAAGGUGAGCCAGGAGAUCGAGGAUUCCCGGGCCCCGCUGGAAUGAAAGGAACCCCGGGAUUCCCUGGUGAAAACGGAGGAACAGGUCCGAGGGGACCCCCUGGACUGCCAGGCCCGGGAACCAUUCCUGGAAGACCCGGAACGCCGGGAAGAAAGGGUGAAAGAGGAUUCUCGGGACUGACGGGUUUCCCCGGACGACCGGGUCGUCCCGGAAAUCCAGGAUUUCCCGGUGAGAAAGGGUUUCCCGGAGACCGUGGGAGAGAUGGGUUUCCCGGCGGUCCUGGACGGUUUGGACUGAAAGGUGACGGAGGAAACCCAGGCCGCCCUGGUCUUCCAGGCUCCGCUCCUAUUUUGCAGAAAGGCCCAGCAGGGGGCGUCGGAGCCCCCGGCUAUCAGGGCUUUCCUGGACCUAGAGGUGACAAGGGUCUCCCUGGCCUGCCUGGUCGUCCGGGUUCUCCGGGACGUCCCGGUUUCCCUGUGGACAGCAAAGGCCAGGCCGGACAGCCGGGUUUCCCCGGGCGGCCCGGCCAGCCGGGCUUCCCUGGAACAAAGGGGGAAGGAGGAAUCAUGGGAUUCCCGGGCGUGACGGGAGAGAGGGGUGAAGACGGGUCGCCGGGAUUCCCUGGAAGUCCUGGAGGAUUCGGUCGACCCGGAGCAAAAGGUCCACCUGGAGAGACGUUUGCCUAUCCUGGAGCACCGGGAGUGAAAGGCCAGCCUGGUGAUUCGGGUUUUCCGGGCCCUCGAGGCAUCGACGGUUCCCUUGGCGACAGCGGCUUUCCAGGACGCCGAGGUUCCGAUGGACAAAAGGGCAGUCCCGGUGUAACGGGGCGUCCCGGAACGAUGGGUCCACCUGGGUUCCAGGGGCCGCGGGGUCAGCCCGGAUUCCCUGGGAGACAAGGACCAGACGGGUCCCCGGGACUGCCCGGAGGUCCAGGUGGCCUCGGUUUUAAAGGUUUGUCUGGAGCGCCGGGGCUGGACGGGCUCAAUGGCCUCGCCGGUCCAAAAGGCCCUCCUGGAAUCCCAGGUAUGACGAUAGGGGGUAACCCAGGCCUCCGCGGUGCGCCGGGACAGAAAGGAGAGAGAGGCGUUUCCUUCCCUGGACAACCAGGCUUCCCUGGAUCAAAAGGACUGAGAGGAGAUUCGGGAACUGUUGGAGCUCCAGGGUUCCCUGGAUUACCCGGACCUCCUGGUCCGAGUACUUCAUCAAACUUCCCGGGGCCUGUGGGAGACCCCGGACUUCCUGGAUUGGAUGGAGAAUACGGUUUCCAGGGCCCUCCCGGUCCUCCUGGGCCACCGGGUCCGGGCACAGCACAGGGAGACACAGGAGACCCAGGGCUCCCAGGAUUCCCUGGAAUCCCCGGCCUGAAGGGAGAAGCAGGAAAUCCCGGAGGCCCCGGAUACCCCGGCUUCUCUGGCUUAAAAGGAGCUCCGGGUGACAACGGACUAAGCGGUGCUCCGGGUCUGAAAGGACUGCCCGGCGAGCCCGGAUUCUACGGAUUCAAAGGGCGUCCAGGAUCACCGGGGCGACCUGGGCGUAAGGGUCCUCCCGCAUUCUCAGUGCCGUACGUACCGGUAUCUGGACCUCCUGGAGAAGUUGGUAACCCCGGCUACACCGGACGACCCGGUGGUCCCGGAGAGCCCGGCCAGCCUGGUCUCAACGGACGUCCAGGUGUGAAGGGCCGUCCCGGCGCUGCGGGUGAGCUCGGCAGGACCGGACCGCCCGGUUUUCCUGGGCCGGUUGGGGAUCCGGGCUUCCCUGGUUCCCAAGGGAUCACUGGAGAUCAAGGUUUUCCCGGAGCCAUCGGUCGUCCCGGUAUUCCCGGCGGCGUCGGCCGCAGCAUCGGCGUCGGCUACACUCUGGUGAAGCACAGCCAGACCACCGAUGUUCCCAUGUGUCCCCAAGGCAUGGCCCAACUGUGGGAAGGAUACAGCCUGCUGUACGUGGAGGGACAGGAGAAGGCACACAACCAAGACCUUGGUCAGCCGGGUUCGUGCCUCCCCAGGUUCAACACCAUCCCCUUCCUCUACUGCAACCCAUCUGAGACCUGCUACUACGCGAGCCGCAACGACAAAUCCUUCUGGCUCUCCACGGCCGCGCCCAUUCCCAUGAUGCCUGUGGCCGAGGAGCAGAUCCGGCCUUACAUCAGCAGGUGUUCAGUGUGCGAGGCUCCGUCUCAGGCGGUGUCGGUUCACAGUCAGGACCUAACCAUCCCUAACUGCCCACCCGGCUGGAGGAGUCUUUGGAUCGGAUAUUCCUUCCUCAUGCACACAGCAGCCGGCGCUGAGGGUGGCGGUCAGUCCCUGAUGUCUCCCGGCUCUUGCCUGGAAGACUUCCGAUCUACCCCCUUCAUCGAGUGCAACGGCGCCAGGGGCACCUGCCACUACUUCGCCAGCAAGUACAGCUUCUGGCUCACCACAGUCGACCCCCGGCUGGAGUUCGGCGCGCCGACACAGCAGGAGACCCUGAAGGGCGGACAGGAACGCUUCAGGGUCAGCCGCUGCCAAGUCUGCAGCAAGAUCUUGUAGCUGUCGAACAGAGCAGCGAGGGGGAAAAAAUGCCAGGACUAGCACUUGAUGGUGAACAAGAACAUGCGACUAUCUUGAAAGGAAGAAGCCGUCUUUUCCAUUUUAUCCCCUUUAGGAGCCGCAGGCUCAUCGACGAAAGACGCUGGAGGGUGGAUGUGGAUAGAGAAGAGCCGCGGAGGGAUUUCUUUCCUCUGGAUUUACACUGACAAUGGUGCUAUUGUUGAUGUUUGUGUUUAUUUUGUGUCUGAAUUCACGGUAGUUGGUUAGAAUCAUUCUCUGCUACCUCGAACAGAGCCACCUCUUUAUCUAGCUAUGCACACACUCACGGAGGAACGAACCCUUCACACGUCUCCGCUCAGACGCAUGCCGUUGCUGUAAUUCAUAGGUGAAUAGUGAAUAGUUUACACUCUCCACUGAACUGUCGGUUUGUGCCCCAUUCAUGGCUAUCAGGAAGACGUGACCCACAAAAACAUGCUUGUGAGUUAGCAUGUGCUGCAAUACACAGCUAAAAUGUUAGCUAGCGAGAUUUGUUUGAGGGUGCAGAUAUUUAAUAUUAGAAGAUUUCAGGCUUAUUUUUAUAUUAAUUCAUGUUCAACCAAGUUUUUUUUUUCACUUUGUAAAACUUUAAACGUUUAGUUUUUGUUUAAUUUGAUUUGCAAUAUGACAAAAAAUGUCAAAAUUGGUCAUUUUUAAGGCUGGAUGCCCUAAAUAGAAGAUCUACAUUUAACUGUUGUCACCGUCGGAUCUUCAAAUUAGGUGUAAUUUCUGCGUAAGGUAAAUUUUAUAGAACUCCAACUAAUGCACUGUGCAGUGGAGAACUCACUAAUGCACUGAAAAAUCACAUGCUAACAUGCUACUAUGUUGCCUUGCUAACAUGGUAAAGCAUGUUAGCUAAAGCCAUCUGAACAAAGCCACAUGAACAAGACAAUAUCACGAUCUUUACAGACCAAAUAAAGAAUUGAGCAUUGAGAAUUCAUGGGAAAUCUUCAUGCUCGUCUUUAGUGAUAUCUAAAAAUGAUGUAGGAAUAUGUAUUGCAUUAUAAUUUUAUAAAAUGUGUAAAAUCCAGACUGAAAUUUGAUCAAAAUUUCCCUUGACAGUAUAGGUUCUAAGUUAAUUUCUUCCCUUCCCUUUUUGUACAGAGAAACAAUCAAUUGCAUAUCAGUUUCUUUUUGUAUGUACUUAAGUAUACUCAUGAAUUUUAAUAUAAAUAAUCAAAAAAUGAAUAAUUCAAAUAUUCUGUGUAAUUUAAUUAUGUUUUCUGAGGUCUUAAUAUUUCACCCUAUUUCCAUUUGUUUAGGUUUCUAUUCCCAUCUGAACCAGCUGACCUACUUAUGAAAUAUGAGAUCUGGACUCCUGAUCAAACCAAAGUAUCUCUAAGUGAAUCCUGCUGGAGGGUUCUUUUAUUAGCCAUUUUGUAAUCAAAACAAUUUGUAAUUACUAAGGAACAAAAUACAGAAUAUAUCAAUUAGUCCACAUAACAUUUUUUAACAGAUCACAAUCAUUUUUUGGUGUCAACUUGUGUUGAGCACCGUCGUUAUUUAACAGACAAGCUGAAUUAUUUGAGAUCGCUGUGUUCAAAAUGAUGAAUAGUGACAGGAAUAGUCUUAAAGAAACACCAUUAUUUGUGAGUUAUUUUCUUAAUUGAAACAAAAGCAAAUCGGCACUUUUUCCCUCUAAGUGACACAAACGGAGAGUCCGCAAGAGUUUUAGAUCAGAACAAACAACUGAGGGUGCACUGAUGUGAAUUCAGACGGGUCACAAGCCGAGCAAAGUGGGUCAAUCUCAGCUUGUCAUUGUAUUGUGACCAAAUUGUUACUUUUAUUGAGCGUCUUUGGUGUUAAGUUUUUUUUUGACAAACGCAACAAACGCAAUGCUGCUCUUUGUCUUCCAGCAGCAUUUCCAGAAACAAAAAGGUUUUAAACUCUUAUUAGCGCUUUUGUUGUUUUCUUUGCUUUCAUGCUGUUUUUUCAUAUAAAAAAAGAGAAAUUGUCAAAUGUUCUGGUCACGUAACCACUAUGACCACUGCAUGUAGAAUGUGUCUCGUCUGGUAGCACUGACAUUUCACCUUUAUUCUGCGCUUUUCAUCAGCAUUUGCUAUUUUUGUCAUCUAGAUUGUAAUUAUUUUGUACUUGUGUCAUAACACAACCCUCUGGUGUUAUUUACCAACUAUGGAGGCGAUGAGAAUAUGAUGUUCUGUACAUUAAAGUUUAUGGAGAAAUGCUUAUAGGAGUUUUUUUGUUUGUUGUAAUCACUGACUAUUAAACAGUUGUUUGACCCAAA